GUAUUUCUGCCCAGCCUCAGUACCCAGGGAUUCCCACUCUACCUGCGAUUACAAUACCACUGCUGAUUAUUCACAUCACAAAAGCGACCAUGCUUCGCUUGAGCGACCUCGACUAGAGUUGUUUCGCCCGAGUGGCCCGGGGUACGCAGGCUAGGUGUGACAUCCUUUACACUUAGUGGGACCCACAUCAGAUGUCUAUACCUCAGAUCCUGUCUCUACACAGUAGCAGUGCAGGACGGUUUGCGGAUAUAUUUUACAACUGUAACAGAGGAUACAUGACUAAUUAGAUCAACUCCUCCAUGGAUGUUGGAACGUGGGGCGUUUUGUGGGAUUAGUUUCUUCACUUCCACUGGAUAUUUGACAGAUGUUUGAUGGACAGUUUUAUGAGAUAGAGAUGUUACACAAAUGAUUGACUAGUGUAUAAUGAUGGAAAGGAGACUUUACGAUUGUGGAAUUACUACAAGUCUUUGUCUGUGAAAAGUGUCCUUAUUCGUUCUAAUACAAGUAUGGUAUGAGAAGCAUAUUUUCUUCUGAAAAAAUCCUGAAAAAAAUUGUUAAAUGCAGAAAAGAAAAAAACAUUCUUGAGAUCUAGUUUUGUAAGUUCGGACGUGGAAUAUUAACACCGGUGGCCAUGGGUACCAAGUUUUCACGUCUGGUUGAGGUCGUGAAUAAAGCACGAAACCAAAGGAACAAUUCUACAUCUAGAAUUCCUCCGUCGGAGAGCUCUGCCAGUACAGCAGAAACCGGUCAUGAUCCAGCCGUCCAUGGAGCUCGUAUGGAGGACAGGUUCUACAACAACGACGCCUUCAGGUCGCCAGGUGUAGACAGCGGAGAUCCUCAGCAACAAGAUGCCGCCCUUAAGAUCCAGACAGAAUACCGGCGACACUCCGCCAAAAAGGAAGUGGAUGAUAUGCGUGAGGAGGAUGCCGCCACAACCAUCCAAGCUGGGGUCAGAGGUCACCAGGACAGACAAAAGGUUGACGAGAUUAAAGAGGGUGAAGCACGACUCAAGUCUGCGGAAGUGGACAUCAACCUUGAAGACCCAGAAGUUGAGGCCGCCGCUGUCAAAAUACAGGCAGGGUUCAAGGGUUACAAGGCCAGAAAGGAGGUCAAGGAGUCGAAGAGUAAGAGUGGAGAAGCUACAGAAGAAGCAGAUCAGGGGGAGACAACUGUGACAGAAAAAGAAUCAGAAGAGGCCGAGGCUGAUUUAGAACUUGAUCCAAACGCUGAUGAGGCAGCUAUUAAGAUACAGGCUGGAUUCAGAGGUCACAAGGCCAGAAAGGAGGUCAAGGCCAAAAAGGAAGCACAAGAAGAGAGCCCUGAGGAAAAGAAGGAAGAAGUGGACAUUGACCUGGAGGAUCCCGAGGUAGCCAAAGCAGCCACCAAGAUUCAGGCUGGAUUCCGUGGUCAUAAGACGAGAAAAGAGCUGAAGGGAACGACAGAGACAUCUGGUGAGGAACAGGCUGGAGUAUCUGAUACAGGGGAGGUAACUGAAGAAAAAUCAGAUGAAACUAAAGUAAAUGAGAUUCCGGAACAAAACACUGAUGAAAAUAAACAGGAAAUAUCUGAUGAAAAAUUAGAUGAAAAAGUUGGUGAAACUGAAGAAACCACUGAACAAAAAUCUGAAGAAAAAUCAGAUGAAGUUUCUGAACAAAAAACUGAUGAAGUUUCUGAACAAAAAACUGAUGAAGUAUCUGAACAAAAAACUGAUGAAGUAUCAGAUGAAAAAGUAGAUGAGGUCAAAGAACAAACCUCUGAUGAAAAAGUAGAGGAGUCCCAAACAGAGGAAAAGUCAGAGGAGAAAGUUGAUGAGAACCAGUUAGAACAAACUUCACAAGAAAUUGUUAAGGAAACGGUAGAUCAAGCUCAAUCUGAGGAAAAAGUAGACAAAAAUGUAUCAGAUACUCCGGCCGAUAAAACAACAGAUGAAAAAUCAGAGGAGAAAGUUGAGGAAAGUCCUUCGACACAGACUGAAGAACAAAACGAACAGUCUAGCGAGGACGCUCCAAAGUCUGAGACAGAGAACGCGGAGCCAGAAAAGAUAGACAUUGAUUUAAAUGACCCUGAGGUAGCAAAAGCUGCUACAAAAAUUCAGGCAGGAUUUAAGGGCUAUAAGACCCGUAAAGAAAUGAACGGAAAACAGCCACUAUCUGAUAAGGACUCCAGAACGUCCGGGCUCGACAAGUGUGAUACAGACGACAUUGAUUUUAAUGACCCCGACGUGGCCAAGGCAGCCACGAAAAUUCAAGCUAAUUUCAAAGGUCAUCAAGUGCGCAAAGAAAUUCGUAAAAACCAGUCGGCUCCCGAGACCGACAGGGGACACACCGACAUCCACUGCAGUGACGAUAAACAUGUAAUGGACGAUGACAACAACGAAAUAGACAUUGAUUUGUCCGACCCCGAGGUGGAGAAGGCCGCCACUAAAAUUCAGGCCGGGUAUAAGGGUCUGAAAACGAGGAGGGAACUCAAAUCAAUCCAGGAGCCCAAAUCCACCUCGAUACCUGUACGGGACUCGAUGGAGAAUGUUCCGACGGAAGAGGAAAUUAUCGACAUUGACCUCACUGACCCGGAAGUAGAAAAGGCUGCAGUAAAAAUCCAAUCGAGUUUCAAGGGAUUGAGGGCUCGGAAAUCAAAGACAGCAUCUGCCGCUAGUACAAGUGUGGAGUCAGAACCUAGUAACACCACACCACCUUGUCCUCUGUCAGUUAAAACUGAACAACAGGAAGAGAUUGAUAUUGAUCUUAAUGAUCCAGAAGUGGAAAAAGCUGCUGUAAAGAUUCAAGCCACGUUUAAAGGUUUGAAGUCUCGGAGGUUUGGUGCAAAAAAGUCUUCACCAACUAAUAAUUUAAAUAACAUGAAACCAGUCACGCCACCUGUUGACAAAGUUCCUGUUGAAGAAGAAAUUGACAUUGAUUUGAAUGAUCCUGAAGUUGCAAAAGCAGCACUUAAGAUUCAAUCAACAUUCAAAGGUUUAAAGUCACGAAAGUUUGGCAAAAACAAGACAUCGCAAUCUUCUCCUCCAAUCAAUAAUGUCAACCCUACCCCUUCACCUCCGGUAACAGCUCCAGUAGAAGAUGAAAUAGACAUUGAUUUAAAUGAUCCAGAAGUCGCGAAAGCAGCUGUAAAGAUACAGUCAACUUUCAAAGGUCUGAAGUCGCGGAAAAUAAAGACGAAACAGUCGACUCAGUCGCCUCCCUCUAACAUCGAACCUUCCCCCCCACCACCAGUCCCUGUCCCCACUGAAGAAGAAGUAGACAUUGAUUUAAAUGAUCCUGAAGUUGAAAAGGCAGCCCUAAAAAUACAAUCUACGUUUAAAGGUUUAAAGUCACGGAAGUUUGGAGCCAAAAAGUCGUCACCCACUAACAUCGAAAAUGUUUCUCCGCCCGUCCCUCCACCGCCUGUAACUCCCCCUGUCAAAGAAGAAAUUGACAUUGAUCUGAACGACCCAGAAGUCGAAAAAGCAGCUGUGAAAAUUCAAGCUACUUUUAAAGGUUUAAAGUCUCGGAAAUUCGGAUCAAAGAAGUCGUCACCAUCUCUAGUUAAUAAAAUACCAACACCUCCUCCAACAGUCAAUAUUCCCUCAGAAGAGGAAAUUGACAUAGAUUUAAACGACCCAGAAGUAGAGAAGGCCGCAGUAAAGAUCCAAGCAACAUUUAAAGGGUUAAAGUCUCGGAAGUUUGGGAAGUCAAAGCCUGUAGCACCGCUAAAACAGCCUCCGAGUAGCAAUCACGUGGACGCUAAAUCUUCAGAAGUGGAAGAAAUAGAUAUUGACUUGACAGAUCCGGACGUUGAGAAGGCGGCUGUUAAGAUUCAGGCUAGCUUUAAAGGCCUCCGGGCAAGAAAAACAAAAAAUCAACAGGAAGCAGCUCCCAAAGAAGCAGAGAAAAAGACAGAGGCACAGGAAGAGGAAAUCGAUAUUGAUUUAAAUGACCCAGAAACAGCACAGGCUGCUCUGAAAAUCCAGGCUGGAUUCCGUGGCUACAAAACAAGGAAGGAAGUGAAAGAAAAUCUAGAGUCAGAAGGGGACAAGACUGAGGGAGAGAAACCUUCAGAAGAAACAAAAACAACAGAGGAAGCAAAACCGGAAGAGGAGGCAAAAACAGAGAAAACGAAAGAGGAGCCUGUUGACAUUGAUCUGAAUGACCCUGAAGUGGCUAAAGCUGCGACUAAGAUCCAAGCUGGGUUCAAAGGUUACAAGGUCAGAAAGGACAUGAAGGGCGACAAGGAAGGGGAUGCUAAGGAAACAACAGUGGAGGCACCUGCUCCGACAGAAGAUGAAUCAGCGCCCAAACAAGAAGAAGCACCAGCACCGACAGAGGAAGCCCCAGCACCAACAGAACAAGCACCAGCGCCGACAGAGGAAGCACCAGCGCCGACAGAACAAGCACCAGCGCCGACAGAAGAGGCACCAGCGCCAACAGAACAAGCACCAGCGCCGACCGAAGAGGCACCGGCGCCAACAGAACAAGCACCAGCGCCGACAGAAGAGGCACCGGCGCCAACAGAACAAGCCCCUAAAGAAGCAAAGAAACAAGAGAACAUCAUGGAACUUCCCUUAGAGGACGGCCAAAGAAUCCUGGAAGCUCUGUCUGCCUUCAAGACGUUCAAAAAGCCGGACACAUUACCAGAACGUCUCAAGUUGUCACGGCCUCAAGUCAAGAAACUCUUAAAAUGGUACAAGACGUCGAAAGAGAACAUAGAUGAGGGAACGUUCACAGGUAUGAGAAGGGCCGCUUUUCAAACCCAGAAAACUUUUUCUAAAAUUAAUUUCUUUGGAAAAGAAACUGAUGAAACUGAGGCCACAGAUGACGAUGAUGAUGACGAUGAUAAUGACUUUGAUGACGUAAAUUUCCUUAAUGGCUUUUUCGGAAAAGAAGGCGAAGCAGGGUUUGACGAAAGUACGCUCGAGAACUUGUUUGCAAAUAUGUUUGGAGGUUUUGGUGAAGCUUUUAAAGAUGACGGCAAUGUCAGCAAGUCUGGGAUCAGCAGUGGCAUAGGAGGUAUGAUGACGAAUAUGACCGAAUCCGCCUCAAACAUGGUGCAGCCUAUGAUGAAACUAGUUGACAAGUCAAUGUACUACAAACCUGUCAAUGCUGCAAUCGAGACGCUUGAACCCUGGAUAGAACAGAGUAGGAACAUCUUAGACGAUGAACAGAUAAAAAAGCUUGAUAAACAGCUGGAAUUAUACGUUGAAAUCAAGGAGCUUUUUGACCAAGAGCAAGAUGAUGAUGAGUCACAUGAAAAAGAGGCGCGAGGUUCGAGGGUCCUGGAGCUUUCCAAUGAGAUCGAAAAAAUUGGCCCUCUCCCAAAAGUUGUCCAGGAUGCUAUGAAUAAAGAGGCUGGCACAAUGGAUCCUGAAAACUUGCCAAAGAUGAUGGAAAAUGUUGGAAGUGUAUUUACAGAAGGUUUGUCAAAUAUGGUUUCAGGUGGACCAAAAGCAACUGAAACGGAUAAUUGUACAAUCUUAUAAACAUCCAAAUAUUUUUACAAGGAUGUGUUUGGAAAAGGACCUAUGACUGCAUAUACACUCUUACGAAAAAAAGUUUUUUCGUGCGUUUUCUCUCAAAUGACAAUUAUAAAAAUAUUACAGUAGGAAUAGAUGUAGUGAGCACAUGAACCGAAUUUAUCAAGAAAAUGUUACCUAAUCUAAUAGAAAUAUAUAUUUUUCUUGUAGAACAUAUGUAUUUUGCGCCCUUUUCAAUUUCAUUUUUUACAGAGAGUAGGGAAUCAUUUUCUUCAUUGUAGAUCAUUUACAUAAAUGAUAUUUUAAACAAACCAAACUUUUGAGAUGUUAAUAAAAUCAAGAUGACGUAUAAUAUUAUACAAUGUGGAGAAGUGAAACGUUUUGACAAAACAGUUUUUUGGCAGCAUUGGCAAUUCAGGUUUCUCCAGCAUUUCUUCUGACUUUGAAACUGACACUACUUUCACGGGCGUCACACAGUGUUUGAAAUCCGUGUGUUACUAUGGUCAGUAUGGUAUUAGAAGGGUAGGGUUUUGUUCUGCAGAUAAUGGUCCAGUAUCUAAACAGCAUGUGUGAUUUUCGUGCAAUUCGGGUUUAACCGUUUUUUAAAAAAAGAAUAUUUAAUAAAGUUAUUUUCAGAUAGACAAAUUUACAGAUUUUAUAUUAAGUUGGUUUAGUUUUGAAUCAAAUAAAGAACAAUCUGCCAUUGAUUUCUUUUUAGCGUCCAGUUAUUCACAUGCAGAUUCUCUGUGCAGCUUAUAGGUAUCUUCUAACUUAACACAGUAACAUCUCUUUCCAAAGGGAAUCUAAUUGCAUUUUCGAAAACAUUAAAGGAAUUAAAUUAAACAUGAUAAAACAUUUCUUCUGAACGUUUUAAAAAUAUCUGAAAGAGGUUUUGGAUGACCCUAAGAAUGCUUCACCCAAAGUGACUUUACAUUGGACGAUGCCAUGACCAAAGGGAAGUAACUGUUGGAAGAACUGUCCAGCGAUUGGAAUUCACUUCACACUUUUUAAUCCAAAACGCCAUAUUAAAUUUCAAUAUGAAAAUACUUUAAUCGCAGGUUUGUUUAUAUACUGAUCUUUUUACUUGUUUGACCUUUAUGUUAGAUAUAUCUCGCCACAAUUUUAUACACUGUAUAAUAUCCACCUGUAUAUCAUUAUAUUUGGAAGAUCUAAGCUCAUACUAUCUUGACAAUGAUUUUAAUUUUUAAAAUGUUACAAAGAUGUUACCCUUUCUGUAUCAAUUGUCGCCCUUUGUUAACGAUUUUGUACACGAGUUUUGAUAUAUUUUAACUUCGACUUUUUCUUUAACAGACCUCCAAUACUCUUUUGCUCAGAGUUUUUUCAUCUGUAGUGAUUUUAGAAAUGUUGCAUGGUUGUAUUUACAUGUAUUUAAAUACAGAUUGGAUGCUGACGUGUACACCAACACUGUGAUAGAUUUUGUAUAAUUGCAACAUAAGUAUUACUGAUAAAUCGUAUUACAUACAGGACGUUAAGUGAAAAAUAUAUCAGCGACUUUACCUGUAUAAGAAACAUAUAAUGACCUCUAUGGACAUAUGGAAUAUUAAAACAAAAUGUUAUUCAUUCAUGUAUACUUUAAAAUGCAAUUUUAUUUCAUACCUUUUUAUAUGUCUGUGAUUAUGUGCCUUCACGUUUAAUAUUUGAUACAAGCUCAAAUCAUCAAUAUUUAUUAGAUUAUUAUGAUAUUUUUAGUGGUAUCGUUAUUUGAUAUUAAUAUAUAAAAUAUGUAUGCAAUCAUUCAUCAAAAUCCAUUUCAUUAUAAACUUAUAUAUAUAUACAAUUUUAAAUUAAGGACUAAUUGUUCCACCUGUUCUCGUUCAUCUACCGUUAUCGGCAUAGCCAAUAUUUUUUGCAUACUUAUCGAACGUGAUUAUUUAUUUCUAUCAAUGGCAAAGAACUAUACAUACAUCGUUUUGUAUUUGAUAUGUGUUACUACUUUUUAAAUCACAUCAAACUCGCGAGACAUUUUAAUGUUAUUUGCGAAAACAAAUUAAAUCGAAUAAAAGCAACUCACACACUGUGUUCAGUGAUGAUUAACUGAAAGUGUUUCAUAUAGAAUUUCUCAAAAUAUCGUUUGAAUCAAAAUAGUGAUCAAAUAAUAUGCGUGAGAAUUAAGUAAAAUACAUAAAUGAAUUUUGAAAAGGCAGAUUUUCUAGGUAAGAUAAUCAUAAAAGAUUUUACAAUCAAGUACUCACAUUAUUGAUAUGUAAGCAUUGUUUAAGUUCUCAAAUAACAUGUACAUAAGCUGUUACAAUGUCUAUGGAUGUUGAGGUGUUUUUUUUCGGAAAUAAAAACAAACUUCAUA